AUGGACGCCAAAGACAACCAGAACUACCGCAACGCCAUCAGCCUUGACUACCUGCACCCGGCCGAGCCGCGGACGGAGGCCGACUACAGGCAGGACAAGCAGGACCUCCCACCCAGCACGUCGGCUUCCGAGCCGGCCACCAUGCUCAACGUGCCUCUGGAUGGGGCGUACAGCCAGGGCGACCCGGAGCCAAUGGACCCCAAGCUGGCCAAGAUGAGGAAGCAGGCGCGCUGGGCCCUCCUCGCCAUGGCCUUCUUCAUGGGCGACGUGCAGGAGGGCCUGGGACCCUUCCUUGGUGUGUACCUCCAGGAUCACAACUGGGCUCCCGGGAUGCGCGGCUCGGUCGUCGCCAUGAGCCACGUGGCGACCAUCAUCAUGAGCGGACCGAUCGGUGCGCUUAUAGACGCGACGAGGUAUAAGCGUGCCCUCGUCGCCACGUUCGCAUGCACCGUUGGCACGUGCCAGGGUCUUAACCUUCUCUCCACGCACCCGGCCUGCGUCUUCACUACGCAGAUGGUGUCGGCCGUCGCGGGCGCCAGCCUGAUCCCCCUGCUCGUGGCCCUCACAAUGGGUGUGUGCACCGAGGAUCCCGAAGGCGCCGACGCCGACGCCGCCGCCGUCGUGCCCGCCACGGGAGGCAAGGACAAGGGCAAGAAGAAGAAGAACAAGCACAGCUUCAUCGCUCUCAACGGGCGCAACCAGGCGUCCAACCACCUGGGCAACAUGAUCACGGCGGGCGCGGCGGGCGCGCUCGGCCAGAAGUUCGGGCUGCCGGCCGUCUUCUACCUGGUCAUCGCCUGCUGCGCCUGCACUAUGGCCAUCGUCUGGCUCAUCCCCGAGGGCGCCAUCGACCACGCGGCGGCGAGAGGCCGCGUGCCCGUCGACUCGGAGACAGACGACAACAACAGCCAGCACCACCAGGACAUGCAGGAGAGAGGGGCGGCGGGCAAGAAGGGCGGCUUCCACCUGCCCGGGCUGGGCAAGAACAAGAAGAAGAAGAACGCCGACAGCUCGCUCAUGAUCCUGGUCAAGAACAAGCCGCUGGCCAUCGUAGCCGUCACCGUGUUCCUGUUCCACCUCGGGAACGCCUGCAUCCUCUACAUCUACGGCCAGGCGCUCGUUGUCGCGGGCGAGGGCGACCCGGCGCAGACGACGGGGCUGACGGUCAUCAUCGCGCAGGCCACCAUGACCAUCAUGUCGGUGCUGACGGCGUGGGUCGCCGACCGCAGCGGAUACUGGUACCUCGUCAUGCUCUCCUACAUCGUGCUGCCCAUCCGCGCCGUGCUCGCCGGAAAGGUCAUCAAGUACUGGGCCAUCUGGCCGGUGCAGAUCCUCGACGGCAUCGCCCACGGCAUCCUCAGCGUCGCGACCCCGGGCAUGGUGGCCAUGAUCAUGGCCGGCACCGGCCGCAUCAACGUCGCCUACGGCAUCGCCGGCAACAUGACGCGCCAGUCGGGCUCCGCCAUCUCGCACUCGCUCGGCGGCUGGAUGUCCGAGGUCAAGGGCUACAACUUCGCCAUCAUGCUGUGCGGCGUCUUCCCGGCCGUCGGCCUCAUCAUCUGGCUCGCGACCUUCAGGCUCCUGCGGCCGCUCGUCGACAUCAAGAAGGCCCCGAAAGAGUAG